GUUACAUUCCUGCAUUGGGGAUCUAAUAUUUGCAAGAAGAUCGGAGAUUGAUUUAAUUUGGGUGCAAUACUCCAUUAUGAUGGAGUCUUCGAUCACAAUAUUACAUAACUUGUCAUCAAGUUCCAUAGAUUUGGCCUCUUUAUUGUCUUGAAAUAAUUCUUCAACCGAUUUCCAAAUUUGACAAGCAGUAGGGUUGAUUUGAAUGAUUGUUUGAAGUAGGUGUUGGGUUCCUUAAACUAUUUUUUGACAACCGCAUCAACCAUGGUCCAUUAUGGAUCGUCUUGUUUGUUGGAGGAGCCAUCAAUGUGAUAAAAAAAAAAAAAACAGAGUACCUGAUACAAUGAGUUUUGAGUAGUUUCCUCCAAAAUCAUAG